AUGGAGAGUGCCAACACCUCAAUGCAAAAUCAAAGGUGCAUCACAUUGCUCCAAGCAGAAGCCGACGAUGACAACGAAAGUUAUUUCCGACUCCUGAUCAAUGGAUCAGUCAGGUAUAUCACCAUUGCCCACGGUAUCUGGAGCACAGAUGAUAUGUGCUUCGGCCCAUCUCUAGCCUCAAUUCUCCCCGAUCUCCCCACAGGCAAUUGGAAUGAUGGACUGGUGACCAAACACCCAGAAACCGCCAAGCCAUACUUUUCGCGCGCCACUCGAACCUCGUUCCCUGGUGUUAAGAAUACAUGGCAUAACACCUUCGUUGAUUAUAUGGAUCUCGGAGAGAGUAGGAGACUCCACACGGGCAUUUACGAAGUCAAAUGUCCUCAAUUUGAGGAUCUUGUUGUCGUCAAGUUUGCUCGCUUUGAUUGGGAAAUUGGAUACAUGGAGGGCGAGACUGCUGCCUACCAGUUGAUUGAAGGUUAUAACAUUGGUCCCCGGUUCUUGGGGCAUCUCACUGAAAAUGGUCGUGUUAUUGGUUUCGUGAUUGAGCGUAUCACCAAUGCCCGACAUGCUGGACCUCAGGAUCUUGACAUUUGCCAGCAGAGUCUUACUCGAUUACAUGCUUUGGGGAUUAAGCAUGGCGAUGUGAAUCGGUUUAAUUUCUUGAUUCGUGGCUCAAACGCUAUUUUGAUGGAUUUUGAGAAGGCCUGCAAGUGCGAUGAUUCUGACUCACUCGCUGAAGAGCUUCGCGACUUGCAAGAUACGUUGGAAUCUUCGUCGACGAAGGGUGGCAGGGGGUAUCUUUGUUAG